AAUGCUAUUGAUAUUACUAUUCAUAUUUGGUACUCAAUGAUAGUUACUGGACAACAAUGGGAUAAAUGUAUUGAAAUAUUUAUUAAACUGCUUCAUGGUAAACUGGAUUUACAAACGAGGAAAGAUUUUUUAUUUGAGUUUGGCAAACUUAGGAUUUAUACGCAUUUUAGUCCUAAGACUUCAGAUCCACUUUCAGGAUGGGAUAUACUUAGUGUUGACCAAGUUAAUCAUGGAGCAGCAAAUGAUGACCUUUAUGGAAAACUCUUCUUUUACCUCCGUGAACAAUUUGGAAUGUUCAUUGAUCGACUGCAAAAAUUGACAAUUAAUUUUAAUUUGUACGAUGAAGAUGCACUCAAACUUUGUAAAAAAUUCAAAAACAAACGGUUUGAUAGGAUUUAUGUGAAUAAUCUUAGUGACGAAUCAUAUAUUGGAAUUAAAACUACGUUAACCGAAUUCCGGCCACUUCUAAAUGUCAAUAAUCCAAAUGCAACUCUAAUUACGCUUUUUAAGGAUUGGUUGAAUUCUAUUCCAGAAUCUGAUCAAGGUAAAACAAUGGAAGGCGUUAUCUAUAAAAAGAUUGAUAAAUAUAAACGUGGAUGGGCUCAUAAUUCUUCAUUACUUAAUGCUAAUAAUGUAAUGACUAAAAUUUCUAAUUUCAUCAUUGAAGCUUCUAAUGAAGUUAAUGCAUUAUACGAUCAUGCUCAAGAAUUUGAAAAAUAUAUGGAAAAGAAGGGCGCGAAUGAAACUGCGAAACAAGUCGGAUUACGUCGUCGAACGAUUCAUAAAAUUGUGCCUAAGAGAGUUGGUGUCAGUAUGAAAGAAGAUGAACAAAACAAUGUGCUAUCGCUUGAAGAUGAUAGAGAUAGACAUUUACGGUUUGAUGUUGGAAUGCAAACAUUUUUAGAACGUUAUGCUGAGUGGGAGAUUGUGGCUUAA